UCGGUUAAUUUACAUUCAAUACGCACUGUAUAAUCACGCCGCUUUUUGAGAUUCGCUAAUACAGCUGCAGAGUAUUGCAUCUUAAAACGCAGCCAGUUUCCGUUUAAGAGUGAUAUUCUAUGCCCUUUUGUUGAAAAUUUAUACCAGUGUUGAAAUGCAUCUUUAUGAGAGACCGGAUCGUUCUGUGUACUCAUCCACCGCUGUAGAUGUCGAGAUCGAUGGAUGGCUGCAGCACGGCCACGUGAUUAACAUCACCGAGGCUGAAGGUGCCUCGCAGCGUCUGCUCGUCGAUUUCGGAAGUCCGCCACAAAAGCCGGUAUUGGUGGAAUACGGAAACAUCUUUGACUGCUCCGUCCCAAAGGAAGCAGGACUAAGUUGGCUGGAAGAAUCUCAAGAACCCCCGUCAACGUCUCAGGCGGUCGUGGAGGUGCUGCUGCGGGAUCACCCCCUUCAUCCCUGGCGAUGGUAUCCUGCCACAAUUGUUAAGCGCGUCUCACUGGCUUCGGAUUACGCUGUAGUGGACGUGAUGAUGGCUGGGCAUCGCUAUCGGGAGCUGUUGCCCUCAGAGCAGAUCCGGUUGCGGUCGGGUAAAGACGAGCUCGAGAUACGGAGGCUACUGCCCGGUCAUUUCUGUUUCUUCGUAAAGACCGAUGGUCCGUAUCUUCCUCGGAAAUACUUAUCGACGGUUACCAUUGAAAAGAAGCGAGCCCAACGCUAUAGAAUGGGAGAACGGAAGCCCAAACGCCGCUUGCUAGCCAUGACUGUGCACCGGCCACGUGGCGAUGCGGUGAGCAUGGUUAAUCAGCGACUGACGCAAAGCGACGACACAGGGGCUUAUGGCGAUCAGCUAACCAACAACGCGGUUAUCGAUGGAUACGGUAUACCGCUACCGGUAGAGUUACUGAAGGAGAUCUUUCUGUCGCUGGACACCGUCGACCAGCAGCGUUGUUGCCGCGUUUGUGUACUGUGGGAAGAAAUUAUUCACACCCCGGAACUGUGUGCCAUCGUUCGUGCCAGAGUGAUGGACACUUUUUAUCCGCAAGCGCAGCAGGUUUGGCAUCCAGAUUACAUGGCGUACAGCUGCGUAUUCGAGCACAUUACCACCGAAACACGCACGAUCUGCUUAGAGAUUCCUCGUUCCAACUACAGAGACAGACGAGAAGGAUACGAACCGUCAAAUGCGAAAGUCUUCGCGUUGAAGCUCAUUCAGGAGAUCUUGGACGAUGCCGGUGUUCGCAUUGAACGGUUGGUAAUGUACCGGCGUUGGCAAGAUAUUAACCUGAACGGCCAUCCUUUCAGUCAACGCCUGCACGACGUGGUCAAACAGUAUGCCGGUUUCGCGACAUGCUGUAAACGCAUCGUCUGGGCUGAUUGCUACAGGCGCUUCGUCGAAGGUCGUAACAACGAACUUUUCAUGAGUUUCCAUUUUCGGCAGACGGCUUUCAACCUGAGCUGCAUCGAUGUGGCAGAUAUGUGGGAUCGUUUUGAGGAAAACCUAUUGCUUAAGAAACCACUGAGUUUAUCGCUUCUGACGCGCUGGACAAACAAGCAAAUUAAACUGAAAUCUGCGAAACAUUGCCUGGAAUUGGCGAAGAUACUGGAUAUGUAUCAGACAUGCGAUCCGCGUCCGUUUGCGCACUAUUAUGCUCAGACGUGGUCUGUAGACAAUCUGGUCAGUCUGGAACUGGAUAAACUGAAUAGAAUCUGUUUGUAUGCUGUAUCUCGCUAUGUGCACUGCGAGCAGGGUGCAUCAGCGGAAAACAAUCCAGAGGAUUCCGACGAGGAAGCCAGCAAAGCCAAGGAAGUAGUCAGAGAAUUCAAUGUAGUCGCAUUCGGUGAGGAAGCCAAUGAUGACGCUUGGGAUGAGGAAUUUAAUACUGAUUUUUACGACGAGGAACCCAACGAAGAAGUUGACGACUAUGACAAAGAAAUGCAGUACUGAGUAGAUACUGAGGACCGCAUUCGAGGCGCUGAGCAGGUUAAUUUAUAUACCGUACGCAAUGAUGUCUGUUUCUACUCGUAUCACAGUUUCUUUGCGACAAAGUUAUAAAAACGAUUCCACAACUUGUAUACCAUACUGCUAACGCAACUUUCUUUCUGUAAAGUGUGUCACUGGUGUUUUCUUUUAAAUAAAAUAUGCUUUGGGGUUAACCAGGUCGAGAAGGCGAACGACCGUUGAUUGGCAGUUAUA